AUGGAGAAGAUCAAGAGCGUCCUUCACGGACACAAGAAGGAUGACACGGUUGCCCACGAUGCGCCUACAUCCUCUUCCACUGCUGAGGGCCAGGAACACCCAAUCUACGACAGCCAAACAUCCGAGCGCAAGGCACGGAAUGACACUCCGGGAGAGCCAAUGUACAACAUAAAGACAACCAGUGGCGCUCCAUACACAGACUUGGCUCACGGAAGCGGCUCAGCAGGCCUUCACGGAAGUGGUGCACAUGGAACACCCACACAUGUUGGUACCGAUGGCCCUAUUGGGACGACGGCAGCUGCGACCGGAGCUCAUGACCCAAUCCGGACGCAAGAUUACUCCAACACCUCGCAGCCUCUCCAAAGCGGAACCGCGACUGCUGGAGGAGCUCAGCGUCCCGAUGCCUACCCCCAUGGCCACACUGCAGACCCAAGCGUCGCGAGCAUCAAGAGCGGCGUUAUUGGAUUUGGUCCGGGAGCCAACCAGGGACAUGCUGCCAUGUCGACACACAACCCCACUCAGGAGUAUCUGGGUCAAGACCAAGUAGUCGGAGGUGGAGAUCAUGAAACUGCCGGAAUGACCAGGGGAGCAGGAAUGACCGAAGGAACAGGCGUUAACCCAGGCCAGACAUAUCCUCAAUCCAGUGCCAUCGGUGGUGAUUCAAUAGGCGCACAUUCUGCCUACGCGAGAGAAGCCCAACCAUAUGAGAACACUCUGCGACAGGAGAGCUACACCGCCGAUACUGAUCGAUCCUUCCCUCUCGCGGGCGGUGUCAUCUCAAAACCUCAUCAAGAUCCCACAUCCACCCAAUACCCGACUGAGCACACCUCCCCUCUCCAAAACAAAGGCAUCAGCGAACUCGACUCCGGCACAACAGAGAGGGGAGUCGGUGUUCAUGACAGCCCCUCUCAAGAUAGUUACGGGAGGGAAGGGCUGGCUGGAGCAGCCGCCGCCGCUACUGCCAUUGGCGCUUCUCAGGCACACUCACAGCCAGAGAGGCAGCCAGAGGCACAGGGUGCUCGGAAUCGAGGCCUCCAUACUCGCCAGCUUUCAUAUAGACAUGUUGCACCGGGUGACACCACGGGAACUCCUCAAACAGGCGAUGUUUCGAGCCAGCCGACGUCUAGUCACCAUCCCGAAGCUUUGGCAGCUGCCGCUGCGGCGGCCACCACUGCAGCCGCCUCGAAUUCUUCCGCUCUUCCUGCAUCUACUCACGGGAAUGAGCACAGAACCCGGGAUGUCAACGCGGCAGAAGCUCUUCAGCCUAUCGCUGGAGCUCCGAUGACUGGAAUGUCGAGCACUGGUGAGCGCCCAGUAAACCCCCGACUUGAGUCACAUAGGCACAUUCCUGGCGAAUACAUUGCUACACCUAGCGACGAGAAGACAUUCCUCAAUUACGCCCCCGUUAUUCAAUCCUCAUCCACAGACACAAGCGCACCGAUUGCGGCCGCGGAGCCUACGUCUACAUUGGACCCAUCUCACGUUCAGCAUUCGAGUAUUGACCCCACAUCUACAAACGAACCUCAUGAGCUGAGACACACUGGAACACUUGGAGAGCCUCAGCCAAAGUCCGCAGAUGACCACCACUACGCUCGCGAUGCUGCCAUUGCUGGAGGACUUGGUGCUGGCGCAGCGGGCUUAGGUGCGCAUGCAGCUUCGAAGAAUCACGACACCAAGGACGUUGCUGGUAGCCAGCCGUUGUACGAAGAAUCUAGCCCGUACAGUAGCAAGAUGCUCGACCCUCGUGUUCUAGGCGCUUCUAAGCCAGAGGAGCAGAGAUUCGAUGAGCAGAGGUUCGAUCCAUCGGCCAAAACUGAGACGGCUCCUACCAGUGGUUCAGCUAUUUCUGGCCCUCCUGUCUCUCACAACCCGUCCGAAACCGCAGAAUCACAGCAUAAUUACGGCCGUGAUGCUGCAGUGCUGGGUACAGGUGCUGUAGGAGCCGCUGGAAUGCACCACAUCCUUCACCAAAACGAUACUCCUAGCACUACUACCUCUGCGAUUCCCGAGAAUUCAUCUUACACUUCUGCCACGGGAUCGAAUGUUGCUGCCCCUCAGCCAACCUCAAACUUCUCUAAGCCGCUCACCACUGCGAGUACCUCUGCCUCUCAACCUGUUGCGAACGAUCACUUCUACGGUGCCACAGGAGCCCCUGCACCAAUUUCAGAUACGAGUGCACAACAACCAUCAAGUGGUCUAGGUCAGACAUCCACCGCCAGCGCAGUUCCUGAAAGACAUCCUGAGCAUCACUACGGUCGCGAUGCUGGCCUCGCCGGAGCUGGCGCUGCUGCUGCUGGUGGUCUCUAUGCUGCAAACCGGGACGACACCGAUAGCGGACCAGCUUCAAGCACUAUCGGACCUCACUCCAGCAACGCUGCCAACAUCGUGGACCCUAGGGUUCAGCCAGAGCCAAGCAAACAGAUACACCACAACGUCGGACCGACAGCUGAGGACCCUGCUUCGCGCACCAUCGGUCCCCACAGCAGCAACAUUGCCAAUAUCGUCGACCCAAGAGUUAAGCCUGAUCCAUCCAAGCAAAAGGAGCACACCACGGUUGGACCACACCAGUCAGACACAUUGAAUCGCCUGGACCCCAAGGUUGACGAGAAGGCUGGCCAGCCGAGUGAGCAUCACUACGGUCGGGAUGCUGCUUUGGUUGGAGGUGCAGGCGCCGCCGGUUACGGUGCAUACCAAGCCGGCAAUGCGUACGGCGAUCACAAGACGACACAGCCUGAAGCAUAUGAAGCUGGCACUGCUGGCACUGCGUAUGGUAACCAGAGCAUGACACAGCGAGCACAAGACGCUAUCAAUGCGUACGGCGACCACAAGAUGACUCAGCCUGCCGCAUCCAUGCCAGACCAGAGAUACGAUCCCACGGCUGCCGGUGCACGAGCGACCAACCCAGUUUCUCCAACAAGUCAAUACAACUACAACGAUCCCACUACCCAAAGCAAUGUCAACCGCACUGAUCCCAACGACCACAUCAACAGGAAUGUCGCACUUGGAGGAGCAGGUCUUGCAGCUGCCGGAUUGGGAGCAGGUGCUUACGCUGGAUCCAAACAUGACGACAACACUACUCAGCUUCCACUUCGACAAAAGCAAGACAUUGCGUCUUCCGGUCAGACUGCGUACCCAACGCAAGGAAUGGCACAGUCUUCCUACCCUGUGCACGAGACUAGUACCAUCGCGCCUUCCGGUCAAACCGCGUACCCAACGCAGGGUAUGGCACAGUCUUCCUAUCCCAUGCACGAGACCAGCACGGGCGCAUCGUACCCAACCUCAGGCACCAUCGCACCACACAACACGCAUACCCAGGAGAUGUCAUCUCAACCCUGGGGACCUGGGGCCGUUCCGGUGAAUGACAGUCACGAUAAGCGCAACGCGGCUCUUAUGGGUGGCGCCGCAGGUGCGGCGGGCCUGGGUGGUGCAGCUUACAUCAACUCUCAGAACCAGGACGAACGCGAGGCGGAAGAGCGUCUGAAGAAGAUUGCCCAAGAUCGCGAGAAGGAGCAGCAUAGACUCGACAAGGAACAGCACAAGCAUGACAAAGAAGUGCACAAGCAUGACAAGGCCGUUGCAGCACACGAGAAAGACGAGCAUCGUUUGGCCAAGGAACACGAGAAGGAGCAAGCGCGUCUGGUCAAGGAGCAACAUCACCGUGAGAAGGAGCUUGAGAAGGAGAACGAAGGCGAGGAGAAGAAGAAGCACGGUCUUCUUGGAUUCUUGCACCGUGACAAGUCUAAGAAAGAAAAGUCGACUGCCAGUCCUGAAUCUUCACCGCGCCAGUCUCGCGAUUACAGUCCGAGACACUCCAGAGACUAUGGCGAUGAUCAUCCCGAUUCACCACGCUGGAAGGGCAAGCACCUGCUUCACAAGGACCCACCGAAAGGUCACCCUGCCCGUGAAGCUAUGGAGCACCAGCAGAUGACCGACUCAACUGGUUCGGUAGGAAAGAGGGAGCACAUGGGUGUUGAUGGUCCGAUUGGUAACCCAACCAUGAUCUCGGGCGAUCGCGAAACUCAGCAUGGCGUCUACGGUGCGCAUCCGAUCUCGGAUUUAGACCGCGACAACACGGUCACUGAGCCACACACUGGUCUGCCCAUGAACACCGGGCGCUUCGGCACCGGUGCUGGUGGAACAGACGGUAACCCCGCGAUUCAUGGUGUCCACGAACAUUCUGGUCCGGCAUCGGGUCAGAGCACUACGGAUUGGGAGGCCAUCAGGAAGGGCAACACACCAUACUGA